CGAAACCAUUACGUACGACUUAACACAACACAAAUGCCGUGGACUCGAAUUUCCUCUAAACUUAAACAAGUAGCAAAAGCUACACUUAACCCAGCUAUUGUAAGGAAGGUGUCACAAUUUGGGACAUCGAGUCGACAAUUUCACUCCAGACCUAUCACCAUCUCUCAGCCCGACAUGAAGAUUCGACUUGUGCCCGCCCUGGAAGAUAACUACAUGUACCUGCUGGUUGACGAAGAGACCAGGCAGUGUGCAGCCGUGGAUCCGGUGGAACCCCAAAAGAUAUUAGAUGCCAUCAAGGAAGAGAACUGCACCUUAACAACUAUUCUGACAACGCACCACCACUGGGAUCAUGCCAAUGGAAAUGAUAAACUAGUAAAACUGGUACCCGGUCAGAAAAUUGUGGUCUAUGGUGGCGAUGACAGGAUACCUGCUCUCAAUACUAAAGUUGGACAUGGGGACCAGUUUAAGGUGGGAAAUCUGAAUGUCAAGUGUCUCUUCACCCCGUGCCACACCACCGGUCACAUCUGUUACUAUGUCACCAGCACCUCCGGAGAACAACCAGCCGUGUUUACAGGAGAUACCCUGUUUGUGGGGGGAUGUGGGAAGUUCUUUGAGGGGACACCAGACAUGAUGUACUCCGCCCUUGUCACCAUACUGUCCAAGCUACCAGGAAACACACGUGUUUUCUGUGGCCAUGAGUACACUGUGAACAAUUUGAAGUACGCCCUCCAUGUUGAACCAGAGAAUACAACCACAAAGGAGAAAUUUACCUGGGCCAAGGAGCAGAGAGCAAAUAAUUUACCCACAAUUCCCUCUAGCAUUGAGGAGGAACUUAAAACCAAUCCUUUCAUGAGAGUGGACAAUUCCUCCGUGCAAAAACACUGCCGAACGAGUGAACCAGUAUCCACUAUGGGAUUUUUACGAGAAGAAAAGAACAAUUUUCGUGGCUAGCCUUAAUAUGUUUGAGCAACAAAAUCUUCAAUAAGGGUUAAUGUGGUUUGAAUCUGUCUUGAUUCUUUACUGCAUGGGUUAUAAUGUCUAAUUAACAGAUAAUGAACUAUAGUACAUAAGGCCGAAGAAAAAUAUCUGAUGUAUCUAUUCCAUUUUGAAAGAACAAGGGGCAAUAAGACAUAAAAUCUGCCUAAUGCAUAGAAAACAUUUCAUGGUGAUUUUUUCAGUAUUAAAUUUAUAAUCUGUUAAAAUUAACCCAAUUUGUGACAAUUUUCAAAAUAAACAUCCCAUCAGCAAAAAAAUCAAAUCAUGUCAAAGAUUAAGCUUGUUUGAAAAUUUUUCAAAAUAUUAGGCAAAUAAUGUAUGCUUUCAAAUAUUGCCUCUUGGUUUUUUUUUUAUGGUUACUGUUAUUUCAUUAAUUUUAAUGAAAAAAAUUUGAGAGACGGACACAUUUCCUCUCUGUUUUGUAAAUGCUGAUAUACAUCCACAAAUAUUAAUUUGAUUCACAACUGUUUACAACGACGUAGUGGUACAUGUAAUUAAAGAUUUACAGUUAGAAAAAUGCUUUUUUUUUUAAGCAAAAUUUUUUUUUCCUUGUUCUGUUUUUAUUUUAUGUUCACAUAUGUCAAGUAAAUACAUGCAUGAACCGCGUUGAUGUAACUGAAAUGGGGCGCCUCUAAAGUGCAAAACGAAAUCGAAACUCUCUCUCUAAACGUCUGAAUAUCAUUUAAUGAAACAAAUUAGAAACAUUAAAAAGUAUAGGAAUGUACAUCAGUAAUUAACAUAAUUAUAUAAUUUUUGCAAAUUUCGGAUAAUCCGCUCAAAAAUUUACAGCGGCAAUCUGAAACAUACAUGUAGUUAUAUUUUAUGGUUCAAAAAUUUAUUUCAAUGAAUUUAUUUUCACUUUUAUGUAGUCAAAAUUGAUAUUAGUUUUGUUUAAAUUCAGUUUCGUUUCGAUUUUUGGUUUCGUGUCGUUUGGUUUGGUUUCGAUUCGAUUGGUUUCGUUUCGUUUCGUUCGAUUUCGUUUCGAUUUCGUUUCGCACUUCACAGGCGCCCACUGAAAUGUAGCAAUGAAGCUUUUCAUGUGAAAUUAAUUCAUGCAGUUAUCACUGUAUUGGUUGGGCAUGUACAAUACUGAAUGUUGAAAUAAAAAAAAACACAAUAGGGAUGUUUUUUCACAUACUGGUACACAUUGAGUAAAGUUUUGACAAAUUAUGAGUGGCUAUUAUGGUGAUUAUUAAAUAGAUAUACUAGCUUAUAAGUACUUUUAAGAAUUUCUUAGUUCAAUGCAUGUAUUCAUGAUUUUAUUUUUUAAAUAUGGUCCAUGUACAUGUAGAGAUAUAAAAGCAACCACAUCCGAUUGUAAAAUAUACAUGUAAUUAUUUGCCUUUAAACCACUCUACAGUCUUGACUCAGAGACAAAAACACAAAAUGUAUAGGCCUACCAAAUAAAAUCAAAAAAAGUAUCAAAUAACAUGUAUAUACAUGUAGCACUUUUAAGGAAAGUGCAAACUAAAAAUCCCUGUGACAGCUUUCUCCAAAUGAAUAUUAAAAGAAUCACUGGAGAUUAAGAAAAAUUAAUAAAAGUAUAACCCCACCAUAACCAUGCAUAUUGAAAAGCUAAGAGUAUACGAAAGCCGAGUUAAACUUUGUUUAAUCAGAUUUCUUUGGAUAAUUAUACAACAAAUAUCUGAUGGAAUUUAGUAUUCACUUAAUCCAGAGAGUUUGAGUGCAGUUGUAAAUAAAUUGAGAAACAAAAAGUAUAUACCCGGUACAUACUCGUGCGCAGAUCCAGAAAAUUUUCCAACUACUUGAGGUUGCGAGGGGCGGUCCGAGGCAUAUUUUUGGUAUAAUUUAAAGAAAGUUGAAUUCUGCAGGGGAGUGGGUCUGGACCACCCUCUAGAUCUGCGCAUGGUACUGAAUAUACAGCCGUGUGUAUAAAUGUGUAUAAAUGUUUUUUUUACAGAAAUCUUGUAGGUACAUGUACAUGUAUAACCAUCAAAUGGCAAGUUCAGGACUAGAAAUGAAUAUUUUUAAAUUUAUUUAAUAGUUUACAAUAAUUAUUAUGCUAAAAUUUGGCCUUUAAUUGUUACAUUCCUCCCUAUAAACCAAGAUAAUUAUACAACAUGUGCAAGUUGAAACAAUAUAUACAUGUACUACAAAAGUAAGUUGAUGGGAAGUUCAAAGUUUUACAAUAUACAAUAACUGACUGACAACAAAUUGACUACAUGAUUUGUAUAUCCUGAUCUUUGGGUCAUGGGAGGAUAAAUAAAUAUGAA